AUGGCGCAUGCUGCUCGGCACGUUGUGAGAGCUCCGCCGCCUGGCCAGUUCGAUGCCAUAGUCCUUGGGUCCGGAGUUUCGACAGCGGUUCCGCAAUUGAGCCACAUUCUCCAUGGACGUUGUGACUCUGCAAACACAGCCAUUCGCAAGGAUGGCCUUGCUGUGUGCCAGGAAGCCGCUGAGAAUGCUGCUUCAAAGAAUCGUCGCCUGAACGUAUCCUUGCUCGUGCGCUACAGCCCAGCAGACGGUAGCCGAGUUCGGCACAUCAUGGUUGACGCAGGAAAGACAAUGCGGCAGGCUGCCCUGGCUGCGCUCCCCCAGUAUGGCGUCAAGUCCAUCGAUGCCCUGCUUUUGACGCACGGCCAUGCAGACGCAAUUUUGGGCAUGGAUGACCUGCGAGACCUGCAGGUAACAGAGAAGGUUCUUGACGAUGAGGGGCAGCAUAUUGGAUAUCGUCUGGCCGAUGGAGCUGGACCGAUGCAGAUCAUCUCCAACAAGAUGACUCUGGACCGAGUCCGGGAAGUUUUUCCGUAUUUGCACGAACUUCCUGACUUGGUGCGCCCGGGCGUCCUGCGGCGCCGCAUUGCGUACACGGAAUUUCAUGAAGUCCCUCAUGACAACGCUGCUAUCGAUAUCGAGGGUUUACCCAUCAAGUUGUUUCCCGUUUGGCAUGGAGGCACUUACGUGUCUCUGGGAUUUGCUUUCGGUGCCGAAGGCAACUCAGGCUAUCCCCUGGUAUAUAUUUCAGAUAUCAAAGAGCUCCCACCAGAGACCGCGGUUUGGUUGGAAGCUGCAGCGCAAAGCGGUAUUGACGUUUUCAUGGUGGACGCGCUCUCGAGAACCCCGCACCCCACGCAUAUGUCCUUCGACGAAGCGCUGGAGCUGGUUCGAAGACUGCGACCGCGAAGGAGCUUCUUUGUUGGGAUGGACUCCUGUGCAAUGGGGGAUCAUGAUGAGGCAUCCUGGCUGCGCAUAAUCCGUCUCCUAAGUAGGAGUGCUUCCCAUUGA